CAAGAAAUAGGUGCAAAAGCUUUGGUGCCCUUAACAACCCCAACACCUGCCCCCCCCCCCCAAAAAAAAAAACUAAAAGGCAAUCCACGUUUCAGUGACGAGAAAUAAGAAACACCAUGAAGUUUCCCACGAAGUCCGUAAAGUGGAAAGACCAAGAAGAUGAGGAACUUUUUGUGUCAGCAACACCAGGUGAUGGUGAUGGUUAUGAAGAUGAAGAUGAUGCCUAUAUGGAUAGUGAUGAUGGUGAUAUUCAAGAUGAAAAGGCCCAUGCACAUCUCCUCAGUGACAUAAACAAGAUAAGCAAGAAAAAGAAACCUGUAAUAAGACGUGAUGUGCGCACCUCACUUGGCGCGGGUAUAUCUAAAGUUGACACAAGUGGCAUCCUGAAGAAACUUGACAGCUCUUCAUUGAACAAGUCCUCACAGAAAAUUAAGGCUAUCCCAAAGCCUCAUGAGAAGCCAUUUGUCCUCAGGGCAAAGCGUGCAGCUGGCUUUGAAAAAGUGGCAAUGGAAGUAAACAAAUGGGGUAAGGUAGUGCAUCUUCGUCGGCAGAGCAGCCAUCUAAGCUUUCCUCUGGAACAGGAAGAUUUAAGGUUUAAAACACUGGAGAAGGUAGAGCCAGUGCAACUACGAACACCACUUGAGCAGGAGGUUUAUUCCUUGCUACAUGAUGCCAAACUCGUUAAAAAAAACACGGAAACAGAGGAGGAACGAGCAAGAAAACGUGCCAUGUCCAUACAGGAAAUCCAGGAAAGAAAUCGUGAAAUGUGGCGACAGAGAGAGAUGAAGCGCCGAUAUGAAAAAAAAGCUAUGUUGCAGAACAAGAGCAAAAGCAGGAAACAUCAUCGUUUACUGAGACGUGAAAGGCUAAGGAAGCAAAAGCUGGAACUUGAGCAGCUUCAGAAGACAGACCCAGAGGCAGCUCUAGAGAAGCUGGAAGAGCUUGAACGGGCUCGAGUGGAGGAAAGGAUGAGCCUUCGUCACAAGACAUCCAAAUGGGCACAUCUCCAGGGCUUUCGUGCUAAUAAAGAUGAAAAUGCAAUGGCUGCUUUGAAGGAAAACCAGCGGAUGCACCGUGAGUUAAUAACAAAAGUUGGCACUCGUGCUGAGGACGAAGAUGAGGAUUCAAAUGAAAUAGAAGCAGCAUUAAAGGAAAGAGAAAAAGCUAUGGAGGAAGGAACAUAUGACCCUAUGAACCCAUGGACUAAUAAUCUCAACAAAGCUACAUCUCAAAUUCCCCAAAGUGAAGAUGAAAGUUUUACCCAGUUUAAAAAGUUUUGGGAAGAAGUAAAUAGCCGAAAACUGGUAGAGAAAAAAAUUCAGGAGGAGAUGGCUAAAAAGGAGGAAGAGGAUAAGGUAAUAGAUGCAGAAGAAAUUGAUGAGGAGGAGCAAGAGAAAGAAAAAACAGAAGAAGAAACAGCAUCAGAAGAUAACAAUGAUGAGGAAGAGGAAACUAAUGGUUAUGUGGGAAAACAAAUAGUUGAAUUGGAUGUAUCUAGAAAAGUAAACAAGGAUGGAAACAAGACUUCCAUCAGUGAAGAAAAUAAAAAUAAAAUUGCUUCAGAAAAAGAGAACGAAGAAAAUAAAAGCAAUGAAUUAAUUAGUAUUGAUGAGAUGUUUGAUGAAGCAGAAAUAGGGAUUAAGAAAAAGGUAAAGAGAAAGCUUGAAAAACUUGGUAUAGGCAUAGAGAGUGGUAAAGCCUGGACAAAGGUAAAGAGAAGAAAGAAGGCCAAAUGUGUGACUAAAGUUGAAUCCGUCACUAUAGAAGAGUUUGAUUUUUCAAGUAAGAAUGAUAAAGACAACAUUGAUGAAAGCUUGAAAAGAGUCAGAACAUUAGAAGACAUGGACUCCAUACAAGAAAAAAGUACUGAUAAGAUUAAACAAGCUACUGACAUCCUGAAGAAAGGAAAUGCAAUAACAGGGUCAGGGAACAUGACCAACGAGACUAAUUCAAGUAAAAGUAAGAAAGUGGAAGUAGAUCCAACAAAGUUUCUCCAGGUACCAACUAGGAAGUUGGCCACAGCCAUGCCAGACAAUGUGGGACGAAGUGGGGAAGGGUUGGAUGAUGAUGAAAAUGAUGAAGAUGAGGAUGCUGAGAAUAUUAUUCGUGAAGCAUUUGCUGAUGAUUAUCUCAUUGAGGAAUUUAGUUAUGAGAAAGCUGCUGCCAGAGAGAGAGACAAGCCCAAGGUCGUGAGUCUUGCUCUUCCUGGCUGGGGAGACUGGACUGGACCCAACAUAAAGAUGUCCAAAAGAAAGAUCAGGAAAUUCAGAAUUCCUGCCCCACGAGGACCUCCCCGUAAAGAUUCUAGUAUUGGUAAUGUCAUAUACAAUGAGCAGGCUGAUGUUCACGAUAACCUGAGGAAGGCAAUGGUGAGCGACUUGCCUUAUCCAUUCACCAGUGUGAAGGACUUUGAAGCUUCAGUGCGGACACCAGUAGGUAGGAUUUUUGUGACCGAGAUGGUACAUAAGAGAUUAACAACACCACCAGUGGUUACUAAGAUGGGCACUAUCAUCGAGCCAAUGACAGAGGAUGAACUAGUGAGAUACAAAGCUCAAGAACCACCAACUUAUGAGAAGCAAAAGAAAGAAAAAAAUAUGAAAAAUGUAAGAAAGAAGACCAUAAAUAAGAGGAAAAGGGCAAAGACUCAUUAACAUGAAGCUGAAGCUACUCAAAGGGAAAAAUUAUUAAAAGGAAAGGGCAAUUUAGUUAAUUUUUUUUUUUUUUUUUAGGGUUCCCUGAAUGUAUAGCACUUUGACUUAAUACAGAUUUGUCAUUUUGUGAAUUCAGUACUGUAUAAUAAUGCAUAGCAGCACCUAAAAUGUUGUACUUCAUGUAUUUUAUGUUCUAUUGUCAUUGUAAAAAUUUUGCAUACCCCUUCAGUGGGGUACCUUAACAUUGGUAAAGGCUCUUAAUCAGAGGGAGUGGAGCUACUCACCCCUUUUAUAGGUCAAAUCUGAUUGCCUGCCAUUCCUAAACUACUGUAUGAUCCUUAAGGAUUUAGUGCUUCCCCAUCAAUAUAAACAAAAAUGAUAUUGUUGUAUCCAGUAAUAAAUAUAACAGUGCUAAAGCUAGACAAUUCUGCAAUACUUUUAAAUUAUAAUUAUUAAAGAGUACAGUAUUUCAAAUGUAAUAUUUAAAACAAAAAUAAAGUAUAUAAAAUAGUAAA